AUGGCGAUAAACUUAUGGGGUGCUUCUUUUAUAUUGAUAGUUUUCAACUACAUGCUGUAUCGUGGUCUACAAAGCUGGCGCAGAUAUGUCCAUGACAAAGCAUUCGGUGAUAAGCAUGGCUGUUUACCGAUGGAGACAUGGAUCCCUUACAAAUGGCCAUUAGCACUCGACAUCCUCAAACGGCAAUAUGAUGCAUUGCCAGAACAGCGACUACUAUUAUUCCAAUCCCAGUACUUUGACAAGAUUGGACCUAACAUGACAUUCAAACUAUUUGGAAAUCAAGGCUAUCUCACUGCGGACCUAAAGAACGUGGAAUCCAUACUCUCAACUAAUUUCGAAGAUUGGUGUCUUGGUUCCCGGCGACCCGGUCUUAUGCCUAUGCUAGGCGAAGGCAUUUUCACCCAAGAUGGUCGUCCAUGGAAGCAUUCGAGGGAGUUGCUCCGCCGCCAAUUUGUACGAAUUCACCGGCAAGAUUCCAAAAUUUUCGAUGAACACGUCGAGAACUUGAUUUCCAAUCUCCGCUCUGCAACUGGGGUGGUAGAUCUGCAACCUCAUCUUUUCCGCUUUACUCUAGCGACGACAACCGCGCUUAUCUUCGGAGAACCGGUCUUUGCCUUGCCAGGAGCAGAGACAGAUACUUUUGAGAAGGCCUUUGACUAUGCCAGCUACAUCAGUGCGAUCAGGCUCCGUCUUGCUGACCUAGAAUGGAUAUGGAAACCUGCUGAAUUCAGGGCAGCUUGUGCUGUCGUCAAAAAAUAUGCGUCUCACUUCGUGCAGCUUGCACUCGAUGAUAUGAAAGAAAAUGGAGAGGAAGCAGCAUCGGAGAGGCACGCGUUUAUUAUCGACCUUUACAAGGAGAUGCAGGACCCAGUUCUUGUGCGAGAUCAAUUGGUCCAUGUACUUAUCGCUGGAAGGGACACGACAGCAUGUCUAAUGUCAUGGGCAUUUUUCCUUCUCGUACGACACCCCGAAGCUCUCGCAAAACUUCGCAGUGAGAUCCAACUCGUUACCGGAGGAUUGCGUGAAUUGGGCCGGGCAAAAAUCAGCAAGAUGCAGUAUCUCCGAUGUGUGAUCAAUGAAACUCAACGACUAUACCCGCAACUUCCAGUGAAUGUCCGCGUAGCCGCUAAAACGACAUUCCUCCCGAGCGGAGGAGGCCCCGAUGGCAAAUCCCCGGUACUAAUACCCAAAAACACAGGUGUUGCCUAUUCGGUCUACCACAUGCACCGACUGAAGAGCGUUUACGGUGAAGACGUGAACAGUUUCCGUCCCGAAAGAUGGCUGGGUCCAGAGCUAGAUGGUGUUGGCUGGGGGUUCAUGCCUUUCCACGGAGGGCCAAGGAUAUGUCUAGGCAAGGAAUUUGCUCUGACGGAAGCGUCGCAUGCAAUCAUACGAAUCAUUCAGACAUUUCCCGAGCUUAGGUUACCACCUGAUACACCUAGCGUUCCACCUGGUGAGGAAAAGCAAGCUUUGACGAUUGUGGUUAUGAGUGCGGAAGGAUGUAAGGUUUUGUUGGACUGA